GACGACAUCAGCUGCGAGGGGCACGUGUGGCGGUGGAGGCUUCGAGAAGCUCCGUGAGCAGCAGCGGCACCGGUGUCGGGACCUUGCUUCACGCUGCCCCUUGAACCCCGCUCAUCCUCCCAUCCAGCGGGCAGGCUCCGUCAUCCCACCCCGGAACCACUCGCACACGGACUCGGCGGCAAGUCGGACCCGGACCCGGCCGGACCCCAGUGGGCGCGGACACCCGGACCCCUCGCUCACUCACUGCAGCCUCCGCCGUCGCCAUGAUCCACCUCGUGCGCUCCGCGUCCCGGCGCCUCGCCACCGCCACCGCCACCACGGGUCAUUGGAAUGGUUUGAACCAGGAUGUCCUUCAAACAUUGGCAAGACGUAAUUAUGCGUCUGAAGCUAUUAAAGGUGCUGUUGUUGGCAUUGAUCUGGGCACAACUAACUCCUGUGUUGCUGUGAUGGAAGGCAAGCAAGCAAAGGUACUGGAAAAUUUAGAAGGUGCCAGAACAACCCCCUCUGUAGUUGCAUUUACAGCCGAUGGUGAACGUUUAGUCGGAAUGCCAGCUAAAAGACAAGCAGUAACCAACCCGAAGAACACUUUAUAUGCAACAAAACGCUUGAUUGGGCGGCGAUUUGAGGAUUCUGAAGUACAGAAGGAUACUGAAAAUGUGUCCUAUAAAAUAGUCCGUGCCUCUAAUGGUGAUGCCUGGGUGGAAGCACACGGGAAGAUGUACUCUCCAAGCCAAGUUGGGGCAUUUGUCUUAAUGAAAAUGAAGGAAACAGCAGAAAGCUACCUGGGACAAUCCGUGAAGAAUGCAGUUAUCACAGUGCCUGCAUAUUUCAAUGAUUCACAAAGACAGGCCACAAAAGAUGCUGGACAGAUAUCUGGAUUGAAUGUUCUGCGAGUCAUUAAUGAACCCACUGCGGCAGCUCUAGCAUAUGGAUUAGACAAAUCUGAAGAUAAAGUUAUCGCUGUCUACGAUCUGGGUGGUGGCACCUUUGAUAUCUCUGUUCUGGAGAUUCAAAAAGGAGUCUUUGAAGUAAAAUCCACAAAUGGGGAUACGUUUUUGGGAGGCGAGGACUUUGACCAUGCAUUGCUCAAGCACAUCAUCAAGGAAUUCAAGAGAGAGUCUGGUGUGGACCUCACCAAAGAUAACAUGGCACUGCAACGUGUAAGAGAAGCAGCAGAGAAAGCCAAGUGUGAGUUGUCUUCAUCCCUUCAGACUGACAUUAAUCUUCCUUAUUUGACAAUGGAUGCAUCUGGACCAAAACAUCUCAAUAUUAAAAUUACUCGUGCUCAAUUUGAGAACAUUGUUGGUGAUCUAAUUAAGAGGACUAUUAAGCCCUGCCAGAAAGCCUUGCAAGAUGCCGAGGUCAACAAAAGUGACAUUGGUGAGGUCAUUCUUGUGGGUGGAAUGAGCAGAAUGCCAAAGGUUCAGUCAACAGUUCAGGAGCUCUUUGGUCGUUCCCCCAGUAGGUCUGUGAAUCCAGAUGAAGCUGUUGCUGUCGGUGCUGCCAUCCAAGGGGGGGUGCUUGCUGGGGAUGUCACAGAUGUGCUGCUGCUUGAUGUUACUCCUUUGUCACUGGGUAUUGAGACCUUGGGAGGCGUUUUUACCAAACUCAUCAACAGGAACACUACAAUUCCAACAAAGAAAGGCCAGGUCUUUUCGACGGCUGCUGAUGGACAGACACAGGUUGAGAUCAAAGUGUUUCAGGGAGAGCGAGAGAUGGCAGCUGACAACAAACUUCUGGGGCAGUUCACUUUGGUUGGCAUGCCCCCUGCUCCCCGGGGAGUUCCUCAAAUUGAAGUAACAUUUGACAUUGAUGCCAAUGGUAUUGUCCAUGUUUCUGCAAGGGACAAAGGCACAGGCCGUGAACAGCAAAUUAUCAUCCAGUCUUCUGGUGGACUGAGCAAGGAUGAUAUUGAGAACAUGAUCAAGAAUGCAGAGAAAUACGCUGAAGCAGACAGGAGGAGAAAGGAAACUGUUGAAGCAGUAAACACUGCUGAAGGAAUUAUUCAUGACACAGAGUCUAAAAUGGAAGAAUUCAAGGAACAGCUUCCAAAAGAGGAGUGUGAUAAAUUAAGAGAAGAAAUUACCAAAGUGAAGGAUCUCUUGGCACGCAAGGAUUCAGAAACGGGUGAAGCCAUCAAAGCAGCAGCAUCCAAUCUACAGCAGGCUUCAUUAAAACUCUUUGAGAUUGCAUACAAGAAGAUGGCAUCUGAGAGGGAGAGCUCGGGCAGCACAGAAAAUACAGAAGGUGGAGACAAGAAAGAAGAGAAACAAUAAAAGGCUUAGUUAUUGCUAUAAUGAACUGGCAAGGGGACAUAAGCUUGGGAGCAGCAGAGACAGCCGACGACUUUUUCCUGAGCGAAUUUGCACGAUAUUCAUUCUUGUACUGUGUUUUCUGCAGUAUCCUAUAUACAUAGUUUUUGUUUAAUGUGAAAAGUAUCAGCAUUGUCUGCAUUUUAACAAAAGUCAGGCGUGUCAUUCCUGCAAUUUAAUUUACCUUGUGUAAGAAAUGCAUCUCUAAGGGCCAGAGUAGUAGAAGAAAUAAACUUUUUGGUUCACAGCCAGAUUGUAAUUUCCUGUAUGUGAUAAGUUCCUUUUAUUUGCGAUGGGGCAGUGAAAUGCAGUACUCCAUUGAUCUCUGCUGGUGUUUUAAUUUGAGAGCAGACUGUUAUUCAUGGAAGAGCAUUUUGUGUACAGUCCCAGUUGUAAAACAGAAAGUGGCACUUGUUUGAAUAUAAACCUGACAAAUAAUAAUGUUUUAGGACUUCUGCACAAGAGAUAAAAAAUAACUUGCAAAUGAAUGCUUGGAUUGAAAACUAUAAGAUAAACUCCAAUAUCUCAAAGGAGAAAGAUUUAUAUUUAACAUAUUUAUGGGAGCCCUCAGCAGCUAAAAUGAAAUUGUACAUCUUUCAGCUCGAUGGUGACUGGCUUUCAAAUAACUUUCCGGUUUAUCAUGUAAUUUGUUCAUUACCAGCAGCAUCUCCUGCUCCACAAACAGCUGCUUCAAGUGACACAAAACGACAAGGCAUAAUCCUUUGUUUAUUAAUGAUCUGUUUAACUGAAAUGGCUGCAUUCUGGCUCAUGAGAAGAAGUUUGAUCAAGUUGUAUCAGACACAGUUGCUACACUGAAAAGAUGCAGGUACUUUCAAUAGUUGUUCAUGAUCUAAUCAGUUACAUGCACAAUAAAUCGAUUUUUUUUUAGGUUUGAAUUCAUUUGUCUGCUCUCGAAUAUUGAAGAGUGGUGGGUGGGUGGGAGGGAGUGGUAGAGAGUAAGGAGCACUUAUGGCGCUCCUGCUACCAGUUCUUAAUUGUACGAAGUUGUAACUAAAUUUAACUGGAAAUAUUUAGUAAUCCCAGCCUUGUGAUUUAUUUGUAAUAAAUGUUAAAGAUGAAA